UUGCCGAUUGGACGACGUCAUCUGUUAGUUUCGGAAAUCCUAAACCAAACUAAUCCAAAAGCAAAUAAAUCAGUGAAUCACUUCAAUAGCAAGUCCGGAAGAAGCCACAAAAUUUGUCUCCAAUUUGAAACCCUAAAACCCUAGAAACCCUAGCAGCAGGACCACCAAUUCAGCAGCAACCAUGGCGAGAAACGAAGAGAAAGCUCAAUCGAUGCUAAACAGGUUCAUAGCAAUGAAAGCCGAUGAGAAGAAGAAGCCCAAGGAACGGCGUCCAUUUCUAGCCUCAGAGUGCCGGGAUUUAGCCGAAGCAGAUAAAUGGAGGCAGCAAAUUAUGCGGGAAAUUGGGCGGAAGGUCGCGGAGAUUCAGAACGAAGGGUUAGGGGAACAUAGGUUGAGGGACCUUAAUGAUGAGAUUAAUAAGUUGAUUAGAGAAAAAGGGCAUUGGGAACGAAGGAUAAUUGAGCUUGGUGGACCAAAUUACAUAAAGAAUUCGGCAAAGAUGACGGAUUUAGAUGGGAAUAUCGUUGAUGUUCCGAACCCUGGUGGACGUGGCCCUGGAUAUAGGUAUUUUGGGGCAGCAAAGAAGCUACCUGGUGUUAGGGAGUUGUUUGAGAAGCCACCUGAGUUGCGUAAAAGGCGAACGAGGUAUGACAUUUACAAGAGGAUUGAUGCAAGUUAUUAUGGGUAUAGGGAUGAUGAGGAUGGGAUUUUGGAGAAGUUAGAGGGGCCAGCAGAGGAGAAGAUGAGGGCUGCGGCCUUGGCAGAUUGGAAUGCAGAUUUAGAGAAAAAGAAGGAAGCGAGGAGAGGAGUAAAGAGCGGGGAAGUUGCAGAAGCUGGGUUGGCAUCUAAGAUCUUGUAUGAGGAGGUGGAAGAUGUAAUUGAGGAGGAAAGGAGGAUGGAGAGGGAAAGAGAGGAAAAAGAGAAGGAGAAGGAAUUUGUGGUACAUGUGCCAUUACCGGAUGACAAGAUGAUUGAGAGAAUGGUGCUAGAAAAGAAGAAGAUGGAGCUCUUGAGUAAGUAUGCAAGUGAUGAUUUAGUCGAGGAGCAGAGUGAAGCAAAGGCUAUGCUUAAUAUUCAACGGUAGAUGGUAUGUUUUGCCAUGCCUCUUCCUUUAACAUAGUUAGCUGCUCUCUCUCCGAGGCAACAUUUUGUAAAGGAUUGGUAUAGCAAAUCUUAGUAGCUCAUGGAUUCUUGUUAUCACUGCAAUCUUAACUUGUUAUAGUACAUCAGAAAUGAUAUAUGUAACAAGAGUUCCCUUGAUUUGGGGUUGGUUCUUUAUCUUCUCUUGUUGGAGUCA